CUCACAAACUCACUGUUCACAAUCAGUCUCGCGUGAACAUUCAGAGGGGGAGGUCGUUCGCUCGAUUAAAACAACAACAAACUGUUUGUGCGUGAAAAAUGAGAUAAACUAUAAUUAAAAAUCUUUUUCUAACUGGUAUACAGUAAAUCACAGUACACUAACAACAUACUUUUAUCGGACAAUUGUUUACGUGUGCAUUUUUUCGUAAAGUUCAAUAACAUACAGUGAACCCUCCACAAUGCCGGCCCAACAGGAACCGCAGACCAGAAUCGUUUUGCGUGAGGUUACACCUGAGCUAUCGCGGCAUAUGCUCUCGGAUGUGACGACACUGCCAGCCGUGCAGCUGGGCGACUUCCUGCUGCAGAUCGAGCUGGACGACCCCAGCGAGUCGGUGCGAGAGAUCGCGCGCCGGGAGCUGCGCGAGACGCCUGACGUCGUUAUACCGGCCAUCGAAGACUUAAAAAAACUCCUACAAGAUGAUAAAGAUCUACAUGUACCACUGCACAGUGAAGCAUGGCUUAUCAGAUUCUUACGACCCUGCAAGUUUUAUCCUGAAAGCGCUUACGAUCUGAUAAAACGUUACUAUACAUUCAAAGUGAAACAUCAGUCGCAUUAUGAGGGACUAACGCCGAGCAAGGAACAGAACAUCUUCAAUCAGAACAUAUUGACAGUACUGCCUACAAGAGACCAGUUUGGAAGACGAGUCCUCGUAUUGGAACUAGGAAAGAAAUGGAAGCACAACAAAUGUUCAUUGGACGAGGUAUUCAAGGGGUGUGUGCUGUUCCUGGAAGCAGCAAUGCUGGAGCCGGAGACGCAGGUGUGCGGCGCUGUGGUCAUCUUCGAUAUGGACGGCCUCAGUAUGCAGCAAGUUUGGCAGUUCACGCCGCCAUUCGCUAAAAGAAUCGUUGACUGGCUUCAGGAAAGCAUACCACUUCGAGUAAAAGGCUUGUACAUAAUAAACCAGCCGUUCAUCUUCAAUAUGGUGUUCCAAUUAUUCAAGCCGUUCCUACAGGAGAAGUUGCGUUCUCGUAUAAUAUUCCUGGGCAAAGACAGAGACCUAUUAUACAAACAUAUCAGUCCUAAAUGUCUGCCAGAUAACUACGGCGGCACUCUCACUAUACCGCCCGUCACUGGACCACAAUGGCUGGAACUUUUGUUACUCUGUGAUCGGGAAUUUAAAGCAAUCAAUUCCUACGGAUAUAAAAAGAAGUAACAGAUCUGCUUGCAUUUCAUCGUAACGUGAUAUCUUGUUUUGAAAAACUACCUUCAGCUUGUAGUGUACAACUACUGUGUUACAUUUUUCGGUGUAUUUUUAAUACAAAAUAUGGAAGAAAAAGCUGUUGCAAUUACUAAAUACUCGUAUUCCAUUCAAGUCGUAGUAUUUUAUAUCAAUUCUUAAAUAAUAUGUACUCGAUUUAACAUUUUUAUUAAU